AUGAAGUUAACUGCUGCUUUGAUCGUACGUGUUGUCUUUGCAAAUGGAGACAUACUACCUUUCGUAAGAAUGUUCAGGUUUGCGAUUGUGCAUGCACCUGGUCGUUGCUACAACUGGGGUCUUCAUGGACAUUGCCCUCGAGAUUUGCCUGCUGGUGACAGGAAGAACAAAUGUAAACGAUUUGGAGAGUGGGGUCACAUGGAGAGUGGGGUCACUGCGAUAACAGUCCUAAGAAGCUCAGGUUUGUUCUCUUCGAUGGCGUUGAGAGCAAUGGCAUCAUUUCGUUCUGGUGAUGACUGGAUGAGGGAAAAACGACCCAAAGACCACAACAUAGCUUUUUGGCAUCAGUAG